UGUUUUUGUGUAAACAUUUAUAAAACCAUAUUGAGCUUUAUUUCAUAAACAUCAAAGUGCACUUCGUUAUGCGUUUUCCUAUGCCAGACUUAUGAGAGCCUUAUACUAUACGUCAUAGUAUCGUUCUUUCUCUUUUUGCCAGUCGCGCACAGCUGCCUCCGGUCAGUACGUUAGAGGUAUUUGUUAGUUGCGGUCGUCUGUGUUAAAUUCACGUAUAUUUACGUGGUCGAAAAAUAUCGAACCGUUACCGAUACGAUUGUCAACUACAUUACAUUUUAUAUUUGACAGUGCCUUACAAGUGUGGUGUUGUAAUAUCAGGGUAAAUCGGUUACUUUCCAUUUUUAGAUAUUAUACGCUGGGAAGCUAUUGUUUCCAAAACAUUGAAAGUUUGUAUAAUGUCACUCGAGGAAACAGUGCGGCGAUGAAUCGGUAUGCAGAAUAGGGAACUGUAACAAUUGUUAGUGAGUGCGUGUGUUACGGCUCAGUGGUUCAGCGGUUUUCAGUGUCCCCCAGUGUUGAAUUGCUAGAGUUACGGUACGUUCAAGACCUGACUGAUGGGAGUUUGUGUUGGGUUUUGUCGAGAAGAGCGUCAUGCGGGCUCUCGGAUUUAAGUCUAGUGUCUUUGGAGACCAUCAAAACGGCGGCUACGGAAUUAACACCGGUCCUUGCACCACAGACGGGCGGUGCAGACAGCGCCAGCGGAGGCUCUGGUGGCUCGGGCAUGGAGUGCCUGCAGUUGCGCUCGCCUCCUGGACCCUUUCAUUACCUCAUCUCGGAGCAGGCUAAGUCUCUCGUAGCUCUUCAGGAACUCCAGAAUGAGGUCGGGGCAUUACUCGAAUUUCGCGAUCUCGUCAUCGAGACAUUCCCGAACUUGCGCUCUAAGAUGGCGCCAUCGACACCGGCGAGCGGUACACGUAGGGAUUGGGAACCCGGAGUGCGUGUGCGACGUAAGCUCGCCGGAGGCAGUGGAGACACAGCGAGGACAAAACCCCAGCCAUCAGUUCAGGAUUCUGGUUUCAGUACAGAAACAUCGUGUGGCAAAGACGCCCACUCCUCGGCCUCUGCAUCCGCUUCCGCAUCUCGCUCUCGCCCCCUUGAAGACGAACUGUGGGCACUUCUCGAUGUCAUACAACGAAAAGGUGUUCGAUUACGGGACGAAGCUGAGUUAUUACGAGGUGAACUCGACGAAAGACCUUCGGAAACAGCAGAGGAAUCCUUCGCACGAGCGUUGUCCACUGGAUGUGGGGAUUGCACGGACUUGGUUCGGUUACGAACAGAGAGAGACGCUUUACUCGCGCAUGCAGCUCAACUGGAAGCGGCAGCGGCUGCCAGCCCACCACCUGCUGCCACCACCCCCCUCGGACGACUGGAUAAUGCCCUGGACACGCCAUCACGACCGCCGCGCGUUCCGACCCCGGACUCGAAGAAGUUCGCUGCGAUUCUCCUCGAGAGUAAUCCCGUCGAACUUCAACGACAACUACUCAUAUCCACCGUUCAGAAUCAGGUGAUCACCUCUAAGCUAAGGCGUGAGGCGGCGCACCGCACAGUGCUGUUGGAGAAGCUGGAGCGAGCACGGGACCAGAAUGAAGACCUCAAGUUCAGACUAGAGGAGAAGAGCAUAGAGCUAGAGGGAGCGCGCGCGCGCGUCCGCCAGCUCGAGGGCAAGCAGAGCCGCUCGCACAGCAGCAUGCGCGAGAUGGAGCCGCUGGCGCUGCCGCUGGCGCCGCCCGCGCCCGAGUCGCCGCGGCCGAGCGAGUCGCCGCGCCAGGCCGACACGCCGCGCGCGCGGCCGUCGCGCAUCCCGCGCCACACGCACACGGCGCACAAGGCCGCCGCGCCGCGCCCGCCGCCGCGCCCGCCCUCGGCGCACUCGGCGCACUCGGGCCGCUCGGCGCGCUCGGCCGCGUCCACGCGCUCGGGCGGCGCGGCGCGCAAGGACGCCAAGUGCGCCGUGCCCGUGCGCCGCUCGCCCUCGCACGACAGCAAGUUCCAUCCCCUGUGCAACAACUUUAUGUGGCGUGCGAGGCGUCGCUGUGCGCGGCGCGCGCGGUGUCGCUGGCGGCCGAGUACGUGGCGCGCGCCGAGCGCCUGGCGCCGCUGUUCCCGCGCCUGCGCCCGCUGCCCGCCGACCUCGCCUACGAGUCGCCGCGCAACCUGGCGCUGGAGCUGCGCGACUCGCUGCGCUACGACGAGCUGUGGGCCGGCCGCCCGCAGCGCUACUUCGAGAGCGUGCACGCCCGCGACGACUUCGACGACGACUCGCUCGCCUAGUCGGAGUCGCCCGUCUGCCCGGGUGCCGCUGUGCGCUGCGUCCGAAACUCUUAGUGCAUGUUUUAAAUUUACGUGACAGGAAACUCGAUUCCCGUCGUCCCUGUGUUUACGAAAGGCCUUGUAUAAAUUUCGUCUCCGGUGAUAUCUGUGAUAAUUUCACAUCUUGAAUUGAUUGAGUUCAUUAUGUUCGUUUCUCGUUUCGAAUUUUUAUUUCUCGGUUUAAAUUCAUCGUCAUGCUUAGAAUAAUGAAUAUAAAUUCCUAUUGUAAAGGCUCUAGAAACUAUUUAUGAAUUAGAUGUGAAUACGAAUUAUUAAAAAAAUAUAAUUAAUAAUUAUAAUCGUUUGAUUCUUCUCAAUAGAAAUAUGCGGAUUUUUAUUAUUCGUUUAAUCUAUCUAGGUAUCUAUUUAAUAUAAUUUCAAAUCUUACCAUAUUAUAACUUGUAACUAAAAUUUACACUCCUAAAUUUCUAUAGAUGUAUAAAUAUAAAUAUGUGCCGUUGUAUAAGUUAUGUAAAAAUGGUAGCUGUUUUAAAUUGUCAUUCCUAAGCCGAUGGCUCGACUGUCACUAUGUGUGAGAGCAUGAACGACUGUAGUAAGGCUGUGAAACGUGGCGUGUGGCUGGAAUUGUUUUGCUAAUGUGAAAUCUAUAAUUAUUUGGCAUUUGAUGAAUAAAAUUUUAAAAAAAAUGUGUUUCCGCGGCAGUCAACCUUGUGGUCGACGCAUGUACCGUUGUGUGAGCUUUGUCCAAACGUCCAAUGUCGUACGUCCGUUGCGAUAUCGCAGUGACUGCCUUUGCGUUGUAAGUUAAAGGUUAGUUGGUUUGUAGGUUGUUUACAUACAGAGAUGGAUUACAAAUAGUAGGAGACUGAUUUUGUAUAAAGACAUAGUGAUAUGUUUUAUGUAUUAAGAAACUCCGUUUAGUCUAAAUGUUUCAUACUAUUAAUAUAACUUAACUAUUAAAGAAUGUUAUUGCCCGCUGCGAAUUAACUUUAGCGCUUAGUAUGUAAUAUUCCAAUUCUACGAUGUACUACGGUUAUUUUAUAUACUUUAAGUUUAGAUUAAAUUUGAAAAUGUAUAAUGUAAAUUAAAUGUGUAAUGUACAGCUUCCAUUCACGCUCUUAGAAAUUGUAAAUUAUUAAGCCACAGCCCUACUUUAAAGAUACUCAUAGAAUAUAUAGUUGACUUGAAUCUAGUUGAUGACCUGUGUAAAGUUGUACAGAAAUCAUAUCAAUAUAUACAAAUUACUCAAAUAAAUUGUUCAUAUCAAUUUAAA